AUGUGCUACGGAUUACAAAAUGCUGAUUGGAAUGAGUUUGAGGGCGUGGUAUCGUUAGAACCCCAAGAUAUUUGGUCUGAUGAUAAUCCAACAGAUAACCCUCCAAUCAAUGCGGUUCAGUUCGCGGCACAACCUCAAGGAUUGAAAGUGACACCUCUACCCCUUGCUGGUUCAGACCAUGAGCUUUCCUUCAACGUCUCUUGGGAUCCACCUUCAAGCCCUACAGUGCAAGCUUAUUCUCUGGAGGUCCACAGCGCCUCAAAUACAUUAGACUGCCGCUUACUGAACUUCUGCUAUGAGUCCAACAUUCCAGGGGAUUCACUCUGGAGCGUAAUCCCAUCAUACCCCAGCCCCGACGCUGACGGCUGUGCGGUCAAGCCCGGCUGCGCCUACUUGGUCAAGCUCAUCGCAAGCCCCUGGGAUGGACACACUUACGCUGAUCUCCAUGUCGAACUCGACGAAUGCGUAGGAGGCGUAUGCUCUUGUGCGCACGCGCCCCGCCUCCCCGCGCCCGUGGUGUCCGCAAGCACCAUCUCAAUACAAGGCAAACUGUUCGUGAACGUCAGCUGGUCACUGCCCGUACCUAUGGAACCGCUCCGUUUGCCUCCGAGAUUGAGGAAAGAAUACUAUUUUAUAAGUGUAGGCAAAGAAAUCGUUAAGCAAAGUGCACACCGCGGCCCGGCGUGGUACCCGCACAUCGUCACUCGCCGAUUUGAUGCCAUUGGCUUCGUUGUCGUCCCUGAGAAAUUACAAUGGCGGCUGUUGCCAAUAACCGAGCGGGGCGGAGAACGGAGCGGCGAGCGGUUCGGCGGGCGGAGCGGUGACGGACCCAUGCGAAGCAUUGUACUAGAUGUCAAGUUAGAAGCUCGUGUCAGCCUGGUGGAUGAACGAGGAUGCGCCGGACCUGCGGGAAACGCUACCGCUUAUGAUCCUACAGAGCCAAGAACCCCUGUACCUGUACCCGGUUUCCAAUUCCAAGCUCUAUGGGCAGCAUUUGGCGGUACCUGCGUGUUAGCAAUGGUCGCCAUCCUAGCCUUCAGCGCGCGAGCGGUAAAGCGAGUGCUGAAGGAAUUCCGCCCAGAACCCGUGCCCGCUGCGCUUCAGCCACUAAGACCGCGCCCCAAUUGGUUCCCGUUCGACGGGAAUGGCGAACUUUCAUCCCGGGGUCAAGUGGAGGAAAGAAGUCCGCUUUAUGAACAUAAGGAAUUCAAGAUGGAGAGCUUGGAGGGUGACGAAUGGGAAGUCAGUCCAUCCCGGGUGCACCUGGGUCCGCUGAUCGGCAGCGGCGCAUUUGGGAGAGUGCACGCAGCUCAACUAGACCUUCCUGGUGGUGAAACUACCACUGUUGCUGCUAAAAUGUUAUCUGAUGACGCAAGCAAUGAAGAGAUGCAAGAUUUCAUGCGCGAGAUCGCCAUGUUGAAGCACGUGGGUUCGCACACCCACGUCAUUAGGUUGAUAGCAUGCUGCACUCGAAGACCCCCACUACUGGCUCUGCUGGAACACGCGCCAAGAGGGGAUCUGCUGUCCCUGCUAAGAACGGCGAGGGGGAAAAGAAACCAGGACAUACAACGAACGCAGGCGGCGCUGUCCGAUCCAGGUGGCGAUGGACGACCUUCGGAGGCUGAUACUGAAUACACGAACCUGAGCGAUUCAGAUCCGGAACAAAUGCUCUCGUGUGGCAGCUGCGAGAACAAGAUGUAUAUGAACGCUGAACCAAGAUCCAAGGACCACUAUGUGGCUGAACCGGCUUUGCAGCUGGACAGUGCCACGAUGAGAGAGUACGCCUUGCAAGUGGCUUUGGGCAUGCGGCAUCUGGAAGAACGAGGAAUCACACAUAGGGAUCUAGCAGCCCGAAAUAUACUAGUCGACGGGGCUGGACUGCUAAAGGUGGCAGACUUUGGUCUGUCCAGAUCAGGGAUAUACGUCAUCCAUACCAGGUCCAGACCUGUGCCCCUGCGGUGGCUGGCCCCAGAAGCCAUAUUCAGUGCAAAGUAUUGCAGUGCAAGUGAUGUCUGGGCCUUUGCAGUACUCUUGUGGGAGAUUGCAACUUUAGGUGGCUUCCCCUACGCCGACCUGAGCAACCAAGAUAUUCCGCAAUACCUCACAACCGGAGGCAGACUCCCCAAGCCGGCUCGAGCGUCGCCACGCCUCUACCAACUCAUGACAGAAUGCUGGUCGGACAACGCCAAAGAUCGGCCAACGUUUGCCCAAAUAGUUGACAAACUCACAAUCCAAAGACAGCUAUACGUGGACCUCGAUUCCGUAUUCCCUCCAAUAGAAGAUAGUUUUUCAAGUGAUUACAAUUUCAACGACCACAUAGAUAGGUGACCGAUAUCCUAAAGACUGAGUAGUUUUAUUGUUACUAGAAUUCCCAAUGUUUUUACGUAUUAAAUGCACUUAAAUGGU